CGUCCUCCCGCCCCUCCCUCCCUCACCUGUGGGAAGUACAUGUUCUCGCGCCCCGUCUCCUUGAACUUGCACGCAUUGCAUUCAUAUCAAACCCACCAUUCUCCCCCGUUCCCACCCCUCAUGCUCCCCCGUUCAGCGUCCUCCGCGCCCUCCCUCCCUCACCUGUGGGAAGUACAUGUUCUCGUGCCCCGUCUCCUUGAACUUGCACGCAUUGCAUUCAUAUCAAACCCACCAUUCUCCCCCGUUCCCCCCCUCAUGCUCUCCCCGUUCAGCGUCCUCCGCCCUCCCUCCCUCACCUGUGGGAAGUACAUGUUCUCGUGCCCCCGUCCUCCGCCCCUCCCUCCCUCACCUGUGGGAAGUACAUGUUCUCGUGCCCCGUCUCCUUGA